AGCAUGACAUACCUGGCUGGGGGGACUCAACCAGCGUCUUACUGUGUCGCUGCUUAAUAAUUACUCAAUAAACUUUAACAAGGCGAUGAUAAGUACUCUGAGUUCCAUUAAGUGUGUAGAGAGACUUAAUUAAGUAUUGAGUGGGAGAUGUGUGUUGUUAAGGCUGUUGAAGACAUGGUAUGAGGUAUUGGUGAUGGUCGUCAGGGGUUAAGGAUCAUACGGGGAUAUAAUAUAAAUCUAUCCUAGAAGGGGAGUGGUGGGAGAUGGCAGACGUGGAGGAGGAGGUGUUGGCAUCAGACAGCACCCAGGACACCCUCCAGCUGGACUGUCUUAUUGGUCAUAUAGAAAAUAUAAUUCUUAGUGAUGAGUUUGCUGCCCUGAGAGAGAACUUCCUGGAGCAGCACUGUCAGGUGUUUGAUGAUGAAGAUGAGAACAAGUUGGAGUACAUGGAUAUCUUUAAACAAUAUACUAGCUUGAUCGAGGGCCACAUAGAGAGAGAAUUAUCCGCCCGCGAGAGUGGAUUCAAGAUGGCGGCUUUCCUGCAGGAGUUAUCAGCCUCUCAUGCUCUAGACGGGGAAGUGUUUGAUCUGCUCAUCACCUUCACAGACUUCCUGGCCUUCAAGACUGCCAUGUUGGAGAUUAAACAGAGUAAAGAAGAUGGAUCUGCCAAACUAGAGGACUUACUUCAAAUAACAAGCCUUAACUCUUAGACCGAAUAUAAAAAUAUGAAUGAGGAUUAUAUUUUCCCAUAUAUAUUACAUUGUAUUUUAUCACUACUUGCAUGUUAAACUAUGAUGUAUCAAUUCAAUAAAAUAAAUGUCUGUUUACUGAUGUA